UUUAGCUCUCUUUCUUUUAUCUCUCUCUCCUUUAAAAAAUCAAAUCUUUGUCCUCUUUCAACGUACUAUCUUACAUAAAAGAACACACCCUUUUUUCACCUGAACAAAACAAGCUCAAAAAAAGAAAAAAAAAUGUCUUCAGAAAUCGGCGACAGACGUCCGGCGAGACUGCCGGCGCCGGUAAACGGAACACGGCCAUCGGAACCAGAGAACUUGCCGUGUCCACGUUGUGAUUCUACAAACACAAAGUUUUGUUAUUACAACAACUAUAAUCUUUCUCAACCUCGUCAUUUCUGUAAGUCCUGUCGCCGGUAUUGGACACGUGGCGGCACCUUAAGGAACGUCCCCGUCGGCGGCGGUACACGGAAAAACUCCUCCCAUAAACGCCCCCGUAUCAACUCCAGUACCGGCAACGUUCAAGAACACGCCAACCCGAUCACAAUGAUGGGAUCCGAGUCGGGUUUGGGUUCCGGGUCGGGUUCGAUGUCGUUGAUGGGUUGUGAAGUGAACUUGAAUGAGUCAGUACAUGAAGGUGGAAAUGGUACGUCGUCGUUUACUUCGUUGUUGACAGCUCCAGUGGGGGUGGGGGUGGGUGGGUUUGUGCCAUUAGGUGGAUUUGGGCUUGGGUUAGGCGGGUUCGGGCUUGGGAAUCUUGAUUGGCCCAUGGAGCAAGUAGGCGGCGGAGGGAAUGGCGGUGACGGCGGUGAAAAUGACAAGUGGCAGCUGAGUGACGGUGAGAUGGAAGGCGGCGGUGGUGGCGGCGGCGGAGGAAUAGGUGGUGAUGAUGAAUGUUUUGGGUGGCCUGAUCUUGCUAUUUCAGCACCAGGGACAAGUCUUAAAUGAA